AUGACUCGAGUGAAGGCGCGUGAUUUGCGUGGCAAGAAGAAAGAGGAGCUGACCAAGCAGCUGGACGAGCAGAAAACGGAGCUCGCUUCUCUCCAAGUAUCGAAAGUGACCGGAGGUGCGGCAUCGAAGUUGUCGAAAAUCAGAACUGUGCGUAAGAACAUUGCUCGUAUUUUGACUGUUAUCAAUCAAACACAGAAACAAGAAUUGCGGAAAUUUUACAAGGGCAAAAAGUUUAAGCCGUUGGAUUUACGACUGAAGAAAACACGAGCUAUGCGACGUGCGCUGACAAAGCAUGAGGCGAAUCUGAAAUCAAAGAAGCAGCUGGCUAAACUUCGGAAAUUCCCAAUGAGAAAGUUUGCUGUGAAAGCCUAA